AAGAAGAAGAACGUUGUCUUUGUUGUUGUCAACCUGCCAGGUGCUCUAUCUGUGGGCCUAAAAUAAAACUCUGUUGUUGCAGGAGCGCAGAGCCCGAAGAGAAGCGCACACGGCUCAGUGUGUGGAGACGAGACGCGGGACAAGAGAAGCGGUGGGAGUGGACUGCUCUGUACCUUUGAGUGAUCGGGCGGAGUGGUAACAGUACAAACCUGUGGAACGUCAGUGGCGGACACCCCCUGGAGGAUGAACAGUGCGGUACAGAUGCACUUGCUCCGUGCUCUGGUCACAGAGUGUUUGUCCACAGCAGCAGAAGAGAUCCUGCGGCUGGUGCACAGUACCCUGCUGCCAGACGGACAGCCCUGUACCAAGUGGGUGGUGGACAGUCAGCAGCUGGAUGCAGCGCACGGAGGUAAUACGGAGUCCUGCUAUCUCAUAUAUGUCUCAUUUGAAGAUUCAGUGAUCUUAAUGUGCUUCAGAAUCGGAGCCCGUAGGGCCACAAUCCAAUGUAGAAGAUGUGAAACUGUGUUGGGAGCUCCACGUAGAGGACCAGCUUGCAUCUUCUACAGACACACCAUGAAGAAAAUGAGAAGAUGAAGUCUCACAAAACCACAAAGUGCAGCCCUGAUCACACAGACUGUGGAGCAGACAGGAGUGCUGAGUCCAGAUCUGGGGCUCUGGCUUGUGAAUCUCCACGACCAUUAUGUCUCUUCAGAGUCCAGCCAGUCUCUCCUGAACGCAGGUGUCUAACUCUCAUAAAGUCCAAAGCAGCGCGUUAUGCAGGGUCUAACCAACCAUUGAGCCAUUCACAGAAUCUGCCUAAAAAGAUCAGCCGUCUUAAAGCAGGCACAGAGCUGAAGCCCUAUAAGUGCCCCUGCUGCCCCAGGGCCUACUCUCUGACCAAGACUCUGAUCCGACACAUGAAGGUGCACGCAGAGUCAUACCAGUGCAGCGUGUGUGGGAAGUGCUUCUGUCAGAAGUCCCACCUGGCGAGACACAUGCGGCUACACACUGGGGAGAGGUCCUUCCACUGUCAGCUCUGCCCAGAGACAUUCUCACAUAAGAGGAGCAUGGAGAAGCAUAUGAAUAAGUGCCAUUUGGAAGGAAUUUAAGCCUUUGGUCGCUUCAGUUACACAGCCGAUGGUGUUUCAGUCGACCCAGUUUUGAAAACUUUGUAACAUCUUGUGUAAUUACAAUUUUUCUUUGAACAGCAA